AGUUCACACAACAUCUGUCCUUACCCUCCCAAAUCAGGGCCGAAUUUGGAAUUUCCUUUCCUUUUUUUUUCUUUUCUUCUUUCUAUUCUCUCAAUUUCAACGGGGAAUAUUUAUAUUCCCUCACCAAGCAAAUCCUAGCAGUCUUCCCUUCUAAUCUGAUUCUCCAGAUCUCCCACUGACCAUGGACAUUGCUCUUCUGUCGGACACCGUAUCACUCGCCACAUCGCAAACCCUAGGCUUAGCGAAACUCAUUCUACGCCAACCCUACUUACUCUCUGCCGCGAUUCUCCCGAUGGACGCCCUGGCGCCGCCGCCUGUUAAAUCCAGUUCACCCAGAACGGCCCGUCGAACACUUCUCCGCAAAAAGCGACGGACGAAGAGGAGAUCGUUCAGCGGCGGCGAUGAUUCCGAGGACAGCGGCGAAGGCGACGGGUUUUUCGGUGGUGGUAACGAUGAUGGAAUAUUUGGUGGGGGUGGUUAUGGUGGGAGGGGGUGGAACUUUGACGGUUUUGGAGACCAAAAUUGGGAUGAAUCAUCGCGUUGGUCGUCAAAUGAUUUCGCUUUUGAUUUUGUUUAUGAGGUGAUUUAUUGGAUUGCAUUAUCGAAUUGCGUGCAUUUCGCGUUCAAGAAGGUAUUGAGGAGCGUGGCUGAUGGUGAGAGACAAGCUUCCCAUUAGAUUGACUUCAAUUUGAUACUUGCGAUUGUUUAUGUAUUUAAUUGGAUAGUUACGAACACCCUGUCUAUAUUUAAUUGCGCAGUUAAUUGUACAUAUUGUAUAUAUUA